AGCAGUUGGGGACACAACUCCAAAUGAUGGUUUUUCUCUUCUCAAUUUCAGAAUCUUCUCUACCCAAGACAUUCUGGAAGAGAGUUCUUGUCCCUACACUCUCUACUUCUGCUACCCUGCUCCUCCAGGAACAGUGAGAAUGGCAGCUAGUACUUCCUUUCCUGAUCCCAGCUGUGGGGAUUUUGACCGAAAUGUACCUCGGAUCUGUGGGGUGUGUGGGGACCGAGCUACUGGAUUUCACUUCAAUGCCAUGACUUGUGAAGGCUGCAAGGGCUUCUUCAGGAGGAGCAUGAAACGGAAAGCCCUGUUCACUUGUCCCUUCAAUGGUGACUGCCGCAUCACCAAGGACAAUCGUCGCCAUUGCCAAGCCUGCCGCCUGAAGCGGUGUGUGGACAUUGGCAUGAUGAAAGAAUUCAUCCUGACCGAUGAAGAGGUCCAGCGGAAACGAGAGAUGAUCUUAAAGAGGAAGGAGGAGGAGGCGCUGAGGGACAGCCUGAGACCCAAGCUGUCUGAGGAGCAGCAGCAUAUCAUCACCACCCUGCUGGACGCUCACCAUAAGACCUUUGACCCAACCUAUUCAGACUUCAGCCAGUUCCGGCCUCCAGUACGAGGGGAGGAAGGUGAAGGGAGCCAUCUCUCCAGGUCAUCCUCAGAGCAUUCAUCCAGUUUUUCAGAGGACUCCUUGACUUCGAAUCACUACAUAACUUCUCCAGACACUAGGGAGCCCUUUUCCAACCUGGUGCUAAAUGAGGAUUCUGAGGAUCCCUCUGUGACCCUGGACCUGUCCCAGCUCUCCAUGCUACCCCAUCUGGCUGACCUGGUCAGUUACAGCAUCCAGAAGGUUAUUGGCUUUGCCAAGAUGAUUCCAGGAUUCCGAGACCUCUCCUCCGAAGACCAGAUAGUCCUGCUCAAAUCCAGUGCCAUAGAAGUGAUCAUGCUUCGCUCCAACCAGUCCUUCGUCAUGGACGACAUGUCUUGGACUUGUGGCAGUCAGGACUAUAAGUACCGCAUCAGUGAUGUCGCCAAAGCUGGACACAGCCUAGAACUAAUUGAACCACUCAUCAAGUUCCAGAUUGGGUUGAAGAAGCUAAACUUGCAUGAAGAAGAACAUGUCUUACUCAUGGCCAUCUGUAUUUUGUCCCCAGACCGGCCUGGAGUGCAGGAUGCGGCCCUCAUUGAGGCCAUGCAGGACCGGCUGUCCAACACGUUGCAGACGUACAUCCGCUGCCGCCACCCCCCGCCUGGCAGUCACCUGCUCUAUGCUAAGAUGAUCCAGAAGCUGGCCGACCUGCGCAGCCUCAACGAGGAACACUCCAAGCAGUACCGCUGCCUCUCCUUCCAACCCGAGCACAGCAUGAAGCUCACCCCACUCGUGCUCGAGGUGUUCGGCAAUGAAAUCUCGUGACGGGGCAGCCAGUGCUGGCGUCUGGGGGGAGGCACCCUGGGGGG